AGUAGAUAUGUUGUGCUGUUCUUCUAGUUGUGAUGAAUGUAAUCCAGGAUGCACUGGUCACAUGACCCACACAGAACUGCGUCUCUGGACAUCUGCAAAAUGGAGGACCGUGAAGCUAAAGAACCUGAGCAGCUCAGAAAGCUAUUUAUUGGAGGUUUGAGCUUUGAAACCACGGAGGAGAGUUUACGGGCCCAUUUUGAACAAUGGGGAUCUCUCACGGACUGUGUGGUGAUGAGGGACCCCAACAGCAAGAGAUCACGAGGGUUCGGCUUUGUAACAUACUCCUCUGUAGGGGAAGUCGAUGAUGCCAUGAAAGCAAGACCCCAUAAAGUAGAUGGCCGGGUUGUUGAACCCAAGAGGGCAGUGUCCAGAGAGGACUCAAAUAAACCAGGUGCCCAUCUUACUGUAAAAAAGAUCUUUGUUGGUGGUAUUAAGGAGGACACAGAGGAGUACCACAUUCGAGAGUAUUUUGAGAAAUAUGGAAAGAUUGAAUGCAUUGACAUCAUGGAAGAGCGCUCCACUGGGAAGAAGAGAGGAUUCUGCUUUGUCUCCUUUGAUGACCAUGACACUGUAGAUAAAAUUGUUGCCCAGAAAUUCCACACAAUCAACUUCCACAAUUGUGAGGUCCGGAAAGCACUCUCAAAACAGGAAAUGAGUGCAAUAUCCACUAGUAGGGGCAGGAGUGGAGGAUCUGGAAAUUUCAUGGGCAGAGGUAGUAAUUUUGGAGGUAGUGGCAGCUUUGGCCGGGGUGGCUAUGGCGGAGGACGAGGCGGUUAUGGUGACGAUUUUGACAAUGGUCCAGGAGGAAAUUAUAGUGGAGGACCAGGUUAUGGAGGAGGCCGUGGGGGCUAUGGGGGUGGUGGUGGUGGUCCAGGAUAUGGCAACCAGGGAGGUGGAUUUGGUGGCAGCUGUGAUGGAGGUUAUGGAGGUAGUGGUGGAGGUUACGGAGGGGGUGGGAAUUACAAUGACUUUGGAAAUUAUGGUGGACAACAGUCAAGCUAUGGGCCCAUGAAAGGAAGCAACUUUGGUGGCAGAAAUUCGGGUGGACCCUAUGGCGGUGGCUACAGUUCUGGUGGCAGCAGCGGAGGUGGCUACGGCUCACGGCGAUAUUAAUUAUUUAAUGUUUUGAUGUGGAAAGAGGCAUUCUCUUCUUGCUGAAAAUCUGUAAAGACCUGAUAACAUGGAAGGUACUGGAUGGGUAAGACUUUUUCAAAAUAUUAUCCAAGGCAGCUCAUUUUGUAAUGUAACAGUGUACAUGGUAAUAAUACAAAGUGGAAAGCUCUCUUAAGGUGCAGGAUGACAGUAUUGAAUACAUUGCAGCACUGACUCUACCACACCCUAUGACCUUCACCACACUGCUUGGUAUACCUUGAGGGCAAAGUGUGUGUCCUCCAUUUUUUGCUAUCUGUGUCAUCAGCUACUUAUGUAAAAGUUGCUAGUAAUGAAAGACUUGCCAAGAUUACCAUUCUUUCCAGGAAAACAAAAACAGCAGGCAGCAAGCUAUUUUCAGUAUCCAUUAAUGUCCAUUAUUUUCUCGAUUGUUUAGUUUAUAAAAUGCCAGAAAACAGAAAAAGGUCGAUCGCAGUAUCAUAGAGCGCAAGUUGUCUUCAGAUAUUUUGCUUAAAUAACGUAUUUCAAAACCCAAAAGCAUGUAUUGAAUUUAUGAUCAUGUCAGACCCAAAAAGGAUCAAAUUUUUAGUUCUCAAUUAUCUUUUGAUCAAUUCAUCCUUGCAGCUCUGUUAUUAUAGAUUAGCACAAGUCAUGCAGUAUUAAAACGUGUGGAAAUCAUAAGAUCCAUGUCAAUCUGAGGAGAAUAAGCAGAACAAGCCAAAUAGCUGUAUACAGACUUGUAAUCAGCACUUUGAGCUGGUUUUUAAGGUUAUAGAGAAAAGUACAAGUUUAAAAAUAUUGUGAUCAACUGAGAGCAACUAUGAUCAUACAUGAAACUACUGAUGAUACACAGAAACAUGACAGUAUAGUACUGUACUAGUAAUUGGCUUGUUAUCCAAGACGUGUUGGCAGUUUAGUUUAUUUUAGCUUUAGACAUUUUUAAACCUAAUGAAGUAGGGUUGUCUUUAUCAGAUGACCUGAUUCAUAUUACUUUUAUGCAUUUUGUAUUUGAAAGAUUUACACAGACACCAUUAAAGUGGUCAUAUUAUCACAGUCACACAGGAAAAACUACCUGCUAAUAUUCCCCAUCAGUUGGAAAGUACUGCUAAAGAGGAAUGUAGAAUAACUUCACCCGUGCUUAGCAAAAGCACAUCAGGGUCAGGGGACUACUGGCUAGACUGUAUAUGUAAAUGUGAUGUGUUCUAAAUAAAAACAUUUUCCUUAAACAAGUGUUUAUUUGUGAAAUGAACUUGUAAGCAAUAUGUUGCAGUAAAUGUUUGUGUAUUUAACUAUUCAAUGUCAAAAGGUUUGUUUUACAUGAUUCUAAAAUGACCUUCAGUUUGUUACCGUGCUCACUAGAGCCAUUAAAGGAAAGGAAAUAACACUGGUGCUCAAAGGGAGCAUUUGUGUGUGAUAGUGCACAUAGAUCACACACAGACUGUUUACGGCUUUAUCAUUGAAUACACUUAACUGGCAGACCAUUGUGAAGUUGUCAAGCGUGGUUCACACUGAGUACACUCUAGCUGGCCAUUUGUUGUCUAACAAAGAAUGCAGUGGGUGUGAUUUCUUUUGUGACAGGAGUUUCACAAUAAACGAUUUGGGUAACUGUACAAGCCAACUCAUAAAAUGUAAGGAGAUUGUGAAAGUAGUUGAAGAGUGAUGCGUUUCUUUAACAAGAUUCUUUUGGUAAAUUCAAGUCAAGAACUGACUUGAAGAUUUACAUUAUGUAACUUUUUCUUAGACUAUAAAUCCACCUUGCUUCAAUCUUUUACCGACUGUGGCCACAGUUCAUCACACAAUAUUCUGUUAUCAAAAGAACAGGCGGGCAUUUAGCAAUGAAUAGUUUAUUGAAAAGCACAGGUUU